AUAUAAUAGUUGACUAUAAGCCGAUACUGUGUAAAUUAAGAAGGUUUUAUGACCAUGGUUUCCGGGUUUUCUGGUUUGAUUUAGACUACUCCUGUGUUUCGAGAAUAGAUAGAAAACGGACAAACUGUAUGCAAAUUGAUAUGGUCCACAAAGAUUGCAAAGAUUCUUGGAAACUAUUUAAGGUAGAACACAGCUAUGUUUUGAUUCCAGAAAAUGAAUUUCUCCUGAAGAAUAUGAAAGUAGACGAAAUCGAACAGUUUAUGAGCUUACGUUAUCUCACAUCAAUACAAAUGCACUGCAAGGAAAUUAUUCGCUUAGGAAGUAUCAAAGAUGGCGGUUGGGAAGUAUGUAAUGACAUAAGAUUUAGGCCAAGACAUCCUUGUCUGGUAUAUUCUUUUGGUAUAAACUGGGACUGGGGAUUUGAUGAGGAUGUUGUGAAGACCUACGAUUGCGAAGUACACUCUUUUGACCCAAGUAUGGUAUACUCGGAACAAAGAGGAAACAUCCAGUUCCACCGCAUUGGCUUGAUAAAUAAAAGAAACUUCUAUGACACCAAAAGAAAAUGGAACAUGACUACUCUUGAUAAUAUCAAAACCACGCUAGGUCAUGGAGCGAGAACAAUCGAUAUAUUAAAAAUAGACAUUGAAUGGGAUGAAUGGAUAGUUUUGCCGAAUAUCAUCAAGAGUGGUGUUCUGAAAUAUGUAACACAGAUUUUAAUAGAACUUCAUUCACCUGGAAAUCUAGAAAGAAUGAAAACUGUUAGAAGUUUAUACAAUGAAGGAUUUAGAAUAUUCUGGUACCAUAGAAAUCAUUUUUGUCGUCGCAAUAAGGCAUACAUUGAAUAUUCUAUAUGUUUUGAAGUAUGUUUUGUAAAGAUAUAAAAUGUUCAACCUUGUUUUAUCAUAUGAUGAAGUCGGGUAGAUUGUUUCUUUGUCAAAUAAAGUAAUACUAUGAUUGCACA